GUGCCCGAAAAUAUGGGUUCACUUGAUCAGUGAAUUAUGUCCGGGCCGUUGCCGGGCAGCGGCUUUCUUUUCUAAAAUAGCGAACAAAUAGAAUACCAGGACUUAGAGCAUAUGUUCAAAGCGUGAGUGGAUUGGUACUACGAUGCUAUUCUUCGCUCCUCUCCAUUACUUCAGUGAUACAACUCAUGGCAUUGCCAAAGAACAGAGUUCAACAUGCGGACCAAGAUAAUCGGCGACCCUUGGGCGGCCCCCUAGUCUUAGUCUACUUAAAGUCGACACAAUGGUCGUGUGCCCGCUUUAAUUGUGUUCCCGUGAAGUCGUUUCUCUCGACAGACGACCUAUCCUAGCAUAAUAUGGGACAGGCAACCACAAUGAUUGCAGACAGCACACCCGCUACCGUUUCUCCGAUAGUUUCUCCACUUAGCAGGUUAUCGUCAUCCUCAUCUUUGCGCAGUUUAGUGCUCAGUCCCUCCAAAUCUUCAAGUGUGUCCUUAUCUCAACCAAAGGUCACUGUUGAUGUUGAGUUUGUCGAUGGUUUAACAAAUGCUAAGGCCAAAUUAGAUGCCAGAUCUUACAAGUCGGUCAACUUUGCAAGAGACCUUCUUGCCAUUUUGGUGGCUCUGGGGGUCCCCGGUUGGCACAAGACACAGGUAACCGCCGAGUUACUCUCCAUCCACAAGGUCUCUGGCUCUCUCACCAAUGCUAUCUAUUUUGUCUCUUGCCCCGCCAUUACUCGCGUUCCUACGCUCUUGUUGCGCAUCUAUGGCACAUCAUCCAGCUCUCUCAUCUCUCGCACUCACGAACUGCACAUGCUUCAUAUUCUCUCGUCUCGAUACCAUUUUGGUCCUCGUAUAUAUGGUACAUUUACAAACGGACGUAUUGAAGAGUACUUCGAGUCUGUCACGCUAGUUCCAUCAGACCUUCGGGACAAGAGGAUCAGCCAAUGGAUAGCUUCACGCAUGGCUGAACUUCAUUCUGUGGACAUUAGUGUCGUAGAGGGUCCACUUACACUCAGUGCUCUUGAGGGGAAGAGCUGGGAGAUUGGGGUCAAGAAAAAUGUUAAGGCGUGGAUGCCAGCCGCGCGAGAUGUUUUAGGUCUCCAGCAUGUGUCUGAGGCCACCCGUCAAACUCUCAACAUGGACCACUUCUAUGAACGUUGGAUGCGUUACUUACGCUGGGUUUCUCACGUCGAGAAGAUAGAAGGGGCAAGUCGACGUGUUUUUGCACACAAUGAUACACAGUAUGGCAAUAUACUGAGGUUAACUGGUCCACUUCGUCAAGAUGCUCCCGAGCAUCACCAGAUUGUUGUGGUUGAUUUUGAAUACGCAUCGCCUAACCCAAUUGCGUUCGACAUUGCUAAUCAUUUCCACGAGUGGACGGCUGAUUAUCAUUCAUCAACACCGCAUCUUCUGGAUCCGAGUCGAUAUCCGACAAUGGAAGAGCGUCAAAAUUUUUAUUUGGCGUAUCUGGCGCAUUCGCGUCCCAUUGACACAUGCACCUCCUCGGUUCCGGCGUUGUACUCAGAAGCAGAAGCUUCCCAGCUGGAACGUCAAGUGCGUAUUUGGAGUCCUGCCUCACACGCGAUGUGGACUGUGUGGGGUAUCGUACAAGCACAGGACAAUUUGGAAAGAGGAGAAUCGGAACCGGAGUUUGACUACAUAGCUUACGCGAUAUGUCGCAUGGAAGGGUUUAUCAGAGAGCUAUCCCAGCUAUCAUAGGCCCUGUAAUUUGAGAUACUUUUGCACAUCGACACCUCACUGCUAAGCGGCAACAACGUGUCGCGGCGAUGUUUAUGGGCCGCGUUCCUCGACCCCUCCUCGCUUUAAGCUUUCCCGCGCA